AUGGCUUCCAGAUUAGAGGACGAUCUCUGCUGUUCUGUCUGCCGCGACAUCUUUAAAGAUCCUGUCGUCCUGUCAUGCAGCCACAGCUUCUGUAAAGACUGUCUGCAGAGCUGGUGGAGGGAGAGACAAACCAGAGACUGUCCGCUUUGUAAGAAAUCUUCGAUGAGUGAACCACCUUGUAACCUGGUGUUAAAGAACCUGUGUGAGAGUUUCUUACAGGAGAGAGAUCAGAGAGCUUCAGAGCCUCUUUGCAGUCUGCACUCUGAGAAACUCAAACUCUUCUGUCUGGACCAUCAGCAGCCAGUGUGUCACAUCUGCAGAGACUCAGAAAAACACACCAACCACAGAUUCAGACCCAUCUAUGAAGUUGUACAACAACACAAGAAGGAACUUCAGGAAACUCUGAAACCUUUAAAGAAGAAGUUAAAGGUUUUUAAAGGAGUUAAAGUGAAGUUUGAUCAAACAGCAGAACACAUUCAGGUCCAGGCCCGACGCACAGAGACGCAGAUUAAGGAGCAGUUUAAGAAGCUUCACCAGUUUCUAGAAGAGGAAGAGGAGGCCAGGAUGGCUGCACUGAGGGAGGAAGAGGAGCAGAAGAGUCAGAUGAUGAAGGAGAAGAUGGAGGCUCUGAGCAGAGAGAUAGCAGCGCUUUCAGACACAGUCAGAGCCACAGAGGACGAGCUGAGAGCUGAACACGUCUCAUUCCUGCACAACUACAAGGCUGCAGUGGAAAGAGUCCAGCAGCGCCCCCUGCUGGAGGAUCCACAGCUGCCCUCAGGAGCUCUGAUAGACCAGGCCAAACACCUGGGCAACCUGGCCUUCAACAUCUGGAACAAGAUGAAGGACAUGGUCUCCUACAGUCCUGUUGUUCUGGACCCAAACACUGCUGGUACAAAACUCAUCCUGUCUGAAGAUCUGACCAGUCUGAGAGCAGGAGAUAAACAGCAGCUUCCUGAUAAUCCUGAGAGGAUUGGUUAUUAUUCCUGGUCUGUUGUGGCCUCUGACGGCUUUAACUCAGGGACUCACAGCUGGGAGGUCGAGGUUGGAGACAAUACAGACUGGGAACUGGGUGUGUUAGCAGAGUCUGUCCAGGGGAAAGGAGACAUACGGUAUGGAUUAUGGAGAAUAUACCACUGUGGAGAUAAAUACUCAUCACGGUCACCAUCAGAUGAAUAUACUGCUCUCGUAGUGCAGAAGAAGCUCCAGAGGAUCAGAGUGAAUCUGGACUGGGACAGAGGAAAGCUGUCGUUUUCUGAUGCUGACACUAACACACACAUACACACCUUCACACACACUUUCACUGAGAGGAUGUUUCCAUAUUUUUACAAUGGGGAUGAUGAUCAUCCACUGCAGGUUUUACCAGUGAAGGUCCCUGUGGCUGAAGGAUCCCUCAAACGUUCCUCGUCCAAUCCUACCUUAGCAACCGUUACUAAGAGAAGAAUGUCCGUCAAGCCUUGAAGUGAAUUCUCUGUAAAGCUUAAUUCCCAUUGAUUGUUUUUUUUUUAAUUGUUGUUUGAGAGUGUUUAUAUAUAUCUGUAUGUAGCCCAGUGGCUGAAAUAUGAAGUUAAAACCAUUCAUUAGCCAACAUGCUGUUGUGAAAUGUCUGUUUAAUAUGUACAAAAGUUUAAUGAGAUGAAAUAUGAAACUGAAAUGCUUUUUUGUAAUACAUUUAUUCUGUGUGUGGUACCACAGGUAAACUCAUUGAUAUCUAUAUAAAAGGUAUUGACGAUUUUGGUUUGGGAUUAAAUUCAAUAUUAUUUUGAGUGUAUUUGCUGAAGCCAAUUUAAACGGUAUAAAUGUAUUUGUGAACUGAAAGGUAACUAAAUUGAAUUUGGAAACUGAAUGAAAUUUGGAAAUUGAAUGUUUGAUUUAAAGGUUAUUGGGCUGAACUGAAGGUAUUUCUAAAGGAAAUCUGUAUCUGUGAAAUCAAAUUCAUUAACUGUAACCAAAAGAAAAUAUUUUCUUUAUUUUUACAUUAUUAACAAAUUAUUUUGUAAAUAAAAUCC